CAUAUUCAGCGCGUGCGCUCAUCUCGCUCCCUACACGCUGCAUUGUGUCACUCCUCGCUGAGGACUCGCUCGCUCAGGCUUCCACUCGUCUGAAAGUUGAAACAUGCCCUUGUCUAAUUCUUAAUUUCUAUGAUACCCUUUGCUCUGUUAUCCCACAUCCCUCGUUAAAUCACUGCAAGCGUCCACAUACAGCCAUGAGCAGUCCAAUUGAUAUCCCAAAGGAGCCCUUGCCGGCGCACACUAAGGAAGGCAAUGCUCUAGACUGGGAACCGCCCGAAGAGGGAACACAAAAGAAAACUCGCUUCCGUUUUGGGCGAACAGCCACGGGAUGGGCCGUCUCGGACCGCUUCGAUCGCAUUUUGCCUCCCCACAAGAAAUACUUUCGUCGUAGCCGUCGCACAUUCCUUAUCACAAUCAUUGUCAUUUUCCUACUUCUUCUCGGCCUCGUCAUUGGCCUCGCCGUUAAGCUGAAAAAAAAAUCAAGAACUCGGAACCUUCCCCUUCCCAACGGCGCUCAGACGUACACUGGAGAUCUCACCUAUUAUGACCCUGGGCUUGGCGCAUGUGGCAUUCCAUCCACCGCCAAUGACCCUAUACUCGCUAUUUCACAUUACACAUUCGAUGCCGUGCAGAAGGGAACUGAUCCGAAUCAGAAUCCGCUUUGUGGGAGAAAGAUCCGCGCUCAGCGAGUUAACGAUGGGAAGACCGUCAGCAUUGAUUUAACCGUCGUGGAUCGAUGCACUGGCUGCGAACCUACUGACAUUGAUGUAAGCCCUGCUAUGUUUAAGAAGCUCGCAGAUCCCGAUCUUGGAAGAGUACCCGUGACGUGGGCGUGGCUUUAAACAAUCCAAUGACAAUGCUCUCUCAGAGGUGC